UCAAAGUCUGGAAGAAUAACUCAUUGAUCUUUUGAACAAGGCGUAGAGUUUGUCGGAUAAAUCCUGCAAAGAAAUAAUUUGAGAGUAAAAGUUUCCCCUUAGAUUUGAACAGCAAGUUUUCGUUUGACGUGGGCGUGGAAACAGACAGGGCAGCUGCAAUGUGGAUUCAAGUCAGGACAUGGAUGGGAAGGAAACCACCGGGUGGAUUCUCUGUCUAAACUCACCAAGGUUGAUGAGCUGCGUGUCAAAAUCAUGGAGCUUUUUAAGGUUGAGCCAGAGAGACAGAGGCUUUCUACCGUGGCAAACAGAUGGAGGAUGGUCACACCAUGUUUGACUACAAUGUGGGCUUAAACGACAUAGUGCAGCUGCUUAUUAGACAGAAGGCAUCACCUACUGAUGUAAUCAAAACAAAGGACAAAGAAGCUGAGCUCUCAGACUCAGAUUCUGGCUGCGGCUCACUCAAAGUGAAUCUGACAAGAACUCAACUCAUGGUGAGGUAGAGGUUGCAUCUGCUAGCACCUCAGCCCAGAUAAUCGCCCCAGAGCUCAUCGACCCAGGUUUGGCCUUUACAAGAUCAAUGAGUUUGUGGAUGCAAGAGAUUUGAACAUGGGAGCGUGGUUUGAGGCCCAGAUCGUGAAAGUUACCAAGACAACAGCGUUGCCUAAAGAUGUUGCUGCUGAAGUGAAGCCUGCUGAUGAUGAGACACUGUACCACGUGAAAUAUGAAGACUAUCCAGAGAGUGAUGUGGUGGAGCUCCUGGCCAAGGAUGUUCGCCCUCGAGCACGUACGGUGUACCAAUGGCAUGAGCUGGAGCCUGGCAUGGUUGUUAUGCUCAAUUACAAUCCAGAUGAUCCCAAGGAACGUGGCUACUGGUAUGAUGCAGAAAUCCAACGAAAGAGAGAGACACGCACUGUGCGUGAGAUCUAUGCCAAGAUUAUUCUUGGUGAUGCUGGUGACUCCCUUAAUGACUGCCGGGUCAUGUUUGUGACAGAGAUCUACAAAAUAGAGGAGCCUGGUUCAGUGAACGACUCAGUAGUUACAUCUGAAAGUCCCCUGAAAAGAUCGAGUGGACCAGAGUGCAAGCACUGCAAGGACGACCCCAAUAAAAAAUGCAGCUGGUGUAACUGUCACAUCUGUGGCAUCAAGCAGGAUCCUGAUAAGCAGCUGCUCUGUGAUGAGUGUGACAUGGCUUAUCACACCUAUUGCCUGGACCCCCCGCUCACAUCCAUCCCUGAAGAUGAGGACUGGUAUUGUCCGGGUUGCCGUAAUGAUGCCACAGAGGUUGUGUUGGCGGGAGAGAAGCUGAAGACGAGCAAGAAGAAAGCUAAGAUGGCUUCUGCCAUUUCCUCCAGUCAGAGGGACUGGGGAAAGGGAAUGGCUUGUGUUGGUAGAACAAAGCAGUGCACCAUUGUCCCAUCCAACCAUUAUGGUCCCAUCCCUGGUGUUCCUGUUGGGUCCCUAUGGAAGUUCAGAGUGCAGGUCAGUGAGGCUGGUGUCCAUAGGCCACAUGUCGCUGGGAUUCAUGGCAGAAGUAAUGACGGCGCCUACUCUCUGGUCCUGGCAGGAGGCUAUGAAGAUGAUGUGGAUGAUGGUAAUGAGUUCACUUAUACUGGCUCAGGAGGUCGAGAUCUGUCUGGAAACAAAAGGACUGCUGAGCAAUCAUGUGACCAGACACUAACCCACAUGAACCGGGCGCUUGCUCUCAACUGCAACGUUCCUGUCAAUGACAAAGCUGGAGCAGAGUCAAAGAACUGGAAGCAGGGAAAACCAGUCAGGGUGGUUCGCAGCUGCAAGGGUCAAAAGCACAGUAAAUACUGCCCUGAGGAAGGAAACAGAUACGAUGGAAUAUAUAAGGUGGUAAAGUACUGGCCAGACAAAGGCAAAUCUGGCUUCUUGGUCUGGCGGUAUUUGCUGAAGCGUGAUGAUGAUGAGCCUGCACCAUGGACAAGAGAUGGCAAGGAUCGCAUCAAGAAGCUUGGUCUUGCUAUGCAGUAUCCUGCCGGCUAUCACAAAGAGAAAGAAAACAAAAAUGCAGUUGAAGAAGAGACUGAAACACCCAACAAAGCAAAGAGGAAGAGAAAUUCUCAGAGCAGUGAAACACCAAAGACCACAUCAGCCAACACUCCCAAGAAAAUGAAAAUGGAGAUUUAUCAGCUUAACCAGGAGCAGAAAGCCCUCAUCAAGGACGAUAAACUCAACAAGAAGCUGUGGGAUGAAGCCAUGGAUUCCCUGUCACUUGGACCGAAAUUCUUGAACAAAGUUGAAGAAAUCUUCCUCUGCAUCUGCUGCCAAGAAGUGGUCUAUCAGCCAAUCACCACAGAGUGUCAACACAAUGUCUGCAGGGAAUGCCUUCAGCGGUCCUUCAAAGCAGAAGUGUACACCUGCCCAGCUUGCAGGCACGAUCUGGGCAAAAACUACUCCAUGACCAUCAAUAAAUCCUUGCAAGCUGUUCUAAACCAGUUUUUCCCUGGCUACAGCAACGGCCGAUGAUCGAGUCUGCCACCUACCUGUCUCAAGGAAGAAAUGCAAGUUAACUGUAAGGGGAAUUUUCAGUACGAGAAGUAAAGAUUUGAUUUCUUUUAAUAUAUUUUAAUUAUUAUAAAAUUGGGGGGGGGGUCAACUUGAAUAAAACUACCAUUCUCUUUAAAUCUGCAUAUUGUGUAGUUACUGAUAAAGUGGAAAUUCCUUUUGUAGCUGCCUGUGCCAUUACUCUGUUAAUACUUUUAAUCCUGACUUUGCUGCCAGCAUUUUUUCCCCUCAACAGAACAAACACACCGUUAAUGUUCAAAGUUCCCGUGGUGUAAUUUUUAACCUGAUGUUGAAAUGUAGCUCUCCUUAAGGCUAUAAGUCAGAAUUGCAUAAGACAUUUAGCUAAAUGAUUAUUAUUAUUUUUAUUAAUUGUUCUUAUUUUGAAGGUUUUUAAAACCUGAUGAUGCAUUUGAGAGUUUGAUUACACUUUGUCAGUUUUGGAGUCUGCUAAUAUGGCUUCUGUGAGCGGCAUAUUUCUGCUCUCACAGUGCUGAUUUUAAAAUCCCCUGCAGAUUUGUUUGCAUUUUGUUAUUAGCAGUUUACAGUUUGUCUUCUGACUGAGCAACAGUUAAACUUUGGCAGAUCCAAAAUCUGUCUGUUGUUUGUCCUGAUGGUCAGACUUAAUUUUCUGUGAUGUAAGAAGUAACUUUGCUUGUUUUUCCUUCUUCUUCUUUUGGGUGCCUGCUUAUCAGCAGUCUAGUUGUAAGUGUCUUGUUGAGAAUAGUGUCAUCAAAUUUGAGGUGGAUUUUUUUUUUUUUUUUUUCCCCCUGUAAUGCAGUUUGUGUUGGCGCUCAAAUCUUUUUCCGUACAUUAAUUUAAGAAUUGUAUAUGAACUUUCUGAGAGUUAGUUUGAUUUUUAAAUUGAUGCAAUGUUGCUUUAUCAAGUAACCUCAAAUUAUCUCUUCUCUGAAAGUCUUCAUGCUGGUAAAUCCCAUAGAAGCAAGAGAAUAAUAUAGAAUUGACAUAUAACUCUUUAGCAACGCAUCCCUGACAUUUAAACUGGCUGCAUUUGCCGCUCAUUUUUUCAUCUCUUCUGUGUUCAAUCUCUUCUGAGCCGUUGUGCCAUCUGCAAGACUGUUCAGUCCAGUUUAUCACCUGUGCUCACUUGUGCCAUAUGAUGCCAAAAUAGGAAAAUGUACUGUUGAAACAUUAAGUUCUGCACACCAUCUCUGAAAUCAGGCAUUGAAUUUGCAUUUAUUUGCCUUUUUGACCGUUUUCCUUAAUUCAGUGUUGAAUUUUAAUAGCUCUGUGUGUGUGAUAAUGUCCAGCCACAAGCCGGCACUUUUGAGUUAUGGGGAACGAGUUUGAUUGGCUGAGAAAUGUAUAUUUUCUGAAAUUGUAUAAUUUUUUUUUUUUUUGUCCAUUUUAUAGCUUUGAUGAGCAGUUUUAGAAAUGCUUAUAUGUGCAAGAUUUGUCACUGUUGUUCAAUAAAACAUUAAUUUUGGGGUA